AUGACGUCACAGCGGCGGGACACGCCCCUCUCCCGUUGGACACGCCCCUUUCGUUGCUCCCCGCCCGUUCGGCGGGGAGGCCACGCCCCUUUCCGGGUGUGGGCGUGGCCACGCCCGCCGUGCCCCCCGAGCGCGCAGGGCGCCCCCCAGCGGCGCCGGGCGCCAGCGCCCCCCCCCGGCCUUGGGGGAGGGGGCGCACACGGGACCCCUCCCCAGCCCGGUAUCCGCUCCCGGGCCCGCCCCAAGCCCCGCUCACGGUGCCCCGUGAGACCCCCGGGGCGCCAGCGCCUCCCCCGGCCCGGUGCGGGGGUCCCGGUGUCACCGCCGCCCCCCCCCUCCCCGCCUCGGCCUCUCGUCCGGUCCCCCCCCAACCCAACCCACCCCCCCACCCACGGCGUCCGGUGCCCCCGGCCCGCCCCGUCCGGCGCUGGUUCCUUUUCCUUUGUCCCGGUGACAAUGUCCCGGCUCCGCCUUCCCGGGGCCGCCUCAGCCAGCGCGGGGAUCCGCCGGAGCCCCGGCAGCGCCGAGCGGCCGGGCCGCCCCCUGCCCCCGCCCGGGGGUCGCCGCCGGACGCCGCUUCCUCCCCGCCCCGGGCCGCGGGGGCUGCGGCGGGACCAGGCGGGGACGGGAGCGGGGCCCCGGGGAGGAGGGGAGCGGGCACGGGGAGCGAGGGCAGCGGGCAGCGGGGCGGGGGCGACCCCCGGGGUCCGCCGGGGGUUGUGGCGGCUGGGGAGGGGGCGCGGGGACCCCCGGGGGGCUGCAGGGACCCCUCGGAGCCGCGGGGAUCCCCGGGGAGCGGCAGAGGCUACCCCCCCUGGCACCCAUAGACCCCCCCUGGUCACCCCCAGACCCCCCCCGAGCACCUUCAGGACCCCCCAGCCCCCCACAGGACCCCCCAAGCCCCCCCAGCGCCAUCGCAGGGGGCCGGGGCUGGGGGGGGGAGCAGCCCAUGGAGUGGGGCCGGGCAUCCCCCUCCCCAUCCCCCCCGGCGGGGUCUCACUCCCCCUCCCCACCCCUCUCCCCAUCGCCCCCCCUUUCCCCCCUCUUCCGCAGCGCUCCCUCUCCCCUUUCCCCCCCUCCCCGAGGGGGUCCCGCUCCCCUUCCCCAUCCCCGGGGGGCUCCCGCUCCCCCUCCCCUCCAUCCCCAGGGGGGUCCCGCUCCCCCUCCCCUCCCUCCCCGGGGGGCUCCCGCUCCCCGUCCCCCCCGGGCGGUUGGGAGCCGGCGCGGGCGGCCUUCGGGGAGCUGCGGCUGGAGGAGGUGAUCGGGGCCGGGGGCUUCGGCCGCGUGUUCCGGGGCACCUGGCGGGGCCAGGUGGUGGCGGUGAAGGCGGCGCGGGGGGACGCGGGGGCGGCGGGGGCGGCCAGCCUGCGGCGGGAGGCUCGGCUCUACGCCCGCCUGCGGCACCCCAACGUGGUGGCGCUGCGGGCCGUGUGCCUGGAGCCCCCCCACCUGUGCCUGGUGAUGGAGUUUGCGGCGGGGGGGCCGCUCUCCAGGGCGCUGGCCGGCCGCAGGGUGCCCCCCGCCGUCCUGCUGGACUGGGCGCGCCAGGUGGCGCGGGGGAUGCGGUACCUGCACUCCGGGACCCCCGUGCCCCUCAUCCACCGAGACCUCAAGUCCAGCAAUGUGCUGCUGGCACAGCCCGUGGUGGGCGAUGACGUGAGCGGCAAAACGCUGAAAAUCACCGAUUUCGGGCUGGCCCGCGAGUGGCAGCGAACCACCAAGAUGAGCGCGGCCGGCACCUACGCCUGGAUGGCCCCCGAGGUGAUCCGGGCCUCCACCUUCUCCAAGGGCAGCGACGUCUGGAGGUGGGCAGGGUUACGGGUGCUGCUGUGGGAGCUGCUGACCGGGGAGGUGCCGUACCGGGGCAUCGACGGGCUGGCCGUGGCCUACGGCGUGGCCGUGAACAAACUGACCCUGCCCAUCCCGUCCACCUGCCCCCCGCCCUUCGCCCAGCUCAUGGCAGCCUGCUGGGAGCAGGACCCCCACCGGCGGCCGGGCUUCGGGACCAUCCUGCGGCGGCUGGGGGGGCUGGAGCCGGGGGGGCUGGGGCCCCCCGAGUCCUUCCACUCCCUGCAGGAGUCCUGGCGCCGCGAGAUCCAGGGGCUCUUCGACGAGCUGAGGGCGCGGGAGAAGGAGCUGCGCAGCCGGGAGGAGGCCGUGGCCAGGGCCUCGCGGGCGCAGCGCUGCCAGGCCGAGGCGCUGCGGCAGCGCGAGGCCGCCGUGGCGCGCCGCGAGCUGGAGGUGCUGGAGAGGGAGCUCAGCCUCAUGCUCAGGGGACCCCCCCGGCCCCCCCCGGCCCCCAAGAGACGCCGACCCCCCUUUCGGAGGCCACGGAAACCCGCGGAUCUCAUCGGGAUGCCCCAGGAUUUCAAGCACCGCCUGACGGUCCAGGCGUCGCCCGGGGGGGACCCCCGGAGCCACGACCCCGAGGAUGGGCCGGGGGAAUCCCCCCCCUUCCCCCGCCUGCGCGCCAUCCAGCUGGAGCCCGAGGAGGAGGAGGAGCCGCCGCGGGGCCGCGGGGCGCGGGGCAGCGCCCCCAAUGGCAGGCGCCGCCUGCGCCCGGAUGAGACCACCUGGUACCUGGACACGGAGGAGCUGAGCCCGGGGGACGCGGCCCCCAACGGCGAGGCCGGGCCCCCGGAGGCCGAGGAGGGGCGGGGGUCUCGGGGAGGGACCCCCCGGCUGCUGCGGCGGGCGCUGCUGAAGGGCUCGGCCCUGCUGGCGUCGCUGGGGCUGGGCCGGGAGCUGGCGACCCCCGAAUCCCCCCGCAGCCCCCCGCCCUCCCCCGGCCUGCUGCGCCUGUCCCCGCGCCGCUGGGAGCGCACCCUGGGGUCCCCCGAGUCACCCGGGACCCCCGAGACCGCUCGAGCCUGGAGCCCCGCGACCCCCGAGCCCAGUGGAGCGCGGACCCCCGGGACCCCCAGGACCCCCGAGCCGAGCCGAGCCCGGAGCCCCGGGUCCCCUGAUCCCAGCGGAGCCCGGACCCCCGGGACCCCCGGGUCCCCGGAGCCGAGUGGAAUCCGGACCCCCGGGACCCCCAGGACCCCCGGGACCCCCGAGCAGAGGCCAGCCCGGACCCCCAAGACCCUGGAGCUGAAUUGGUCCUGGACCCCCGAGCAACGGGGAGCCAGGACCCCCGCGACCCCCGGGACCCCCGAGCAGGGCCGUGCCCGGACCCCCGGGACCCCCCGGGACCCCUGCCCCGCCCGGCCCCGCCCCUCCCCGCUCCGCCCCCGCAUCGACCCCUGGAGCUUCGUGUCCGCGGGGCCGCGCCGGGCCCCGCCCCCGCCGAGCCCCGCCCCCGAGACCCCUUCACCGACCAAUGAGAGCGCCCGCUGAGCCUUGGACCCGCCCCCGCCACCCUCCGGCGACCAAUGAG